ACUGUAAUUUCUUAUCCAUCUCACGGUCUCACCUGGGACUAUCGAAAACGUACGCCAAAGAAAAAAAAAUCUCCGAGCUAACAUUACACAUAGAUCCUGUAUCACCACAAAACUUAACCCAAUAGUCAAACAGCAUUCGGAUAAGCGAUGAGCGGCGCCCACGAUCUCUCGGCCGCCGCGGCGUCCCAGAUCUGCGACCAAAUCCGCUCCGUAUUCUCCUCCUCCCAUCCUCUUCCUCCGAACCUGCCCCCGCCGCUCGAGGUCCUGGUCUCUGAGAUCUCCGCCGUGGCGUCGUCGUCGUCGUCGUCGUCGCGCGGACGCGUCUUCGUGCACGGCGUGGGGCGCGAGGGCCUGAUGCUCAAGGCCGUCUGCAUGCGCCUCUUCCACCUCGGCAUCCCCGCCCACGUCGUCGGCGACGUCACCACCCCGCCCAUCUCCCCCGGCGACCUCCUCCUCGCCUCCGCCGGCCCCGGCGCCUUCGCCACCGUCGACGCCAUCUGCGCCGUCGCCAAGGCCGCGGGCGCCCGCGUCGCCCUGCUCACCGCGCACCCCGACGCCGGGAGCGCCGCGCUGCGCUGCGCCGACGCGGUCGCGUACCUCCCCGCGCGGACCAUGGCCGACGACGAGGAAAGGGAGGGGGAGGGGGAGGGAGUUCCGGGGGGUGCGAGGCUGCCGAUGGGGAGCGUGUACGAGGGGGCCAUGUUCGUGCUGUUCGAGAUGGUGGUGCUGAGGUUGGCCGAGCUGCUGGGGCAGACCCCAGAGCAGCUUCGCGCUCGCCACACCAAUCUCGAAUAAAGAUCAUUUGCAUAUGAAAUAGUAGCACCGCAACGUUCAUUUCCUUGGUGAUCUCUAUCUUUAUCUAUCCUCCUAUGUACAUUUGUGAACAGCGUAGUCACAUAAGCAACUGCUUUCCCACCAAAGAAACUUCAUGUUAUACGCCGAAUGCACGUUACCAAGUGCUGUUGUCAAA